CCAGGCACCCCAGUCUCCGCCGGUGGCUCCCGAACUUCCUGAACCGCCCUUCCCCCGCUCCGUGUCCCCCGCUGGGCCCACGGUCGCCUCCAGCUUCUCCGCUGUACCCAGGUCCCCCUCAGCUCUGCCUCCGGGUGCCCCAGCCUCCCCUCGGCCCUCCCGCCGCGCCCUGCCUGGCCCCUCUCCAGGGCCUCGCGAUCUCAGGGGACCCGCUCCCCACCUGCGCCCCCGUUGCCCCGGGCCGUGUCCACCUCCUGCCCCCUCGGAUGGCCCGGAAGCUGACCGAGGGGGAAGGCAGUGGGGCCGCCCCUCCCGCCCCACAGAAGAUGCAGUUCUUCGGCCGUCUGGUCAACACCCUCAGCAGCGUCUCCAACUUGUUCUCUAACCCGUUCCGGGUGAAGGAGGUGGCUGUGGCCGACUACGCCGCGAGCGAGCGUGUCCGGGAAGAAGGGCAGCUGAUCCUGUUCCGGAACUCGCCCAACCGCACCUGGGACUGCAUCCUGGUCAACCCCAGGAACUCACAGAGUGCAUUCCGGCUCUUCCAGCUGGAGCUGGAGGCCGACGCCCUGGUGAACUUCCAGCAGUAUGCCUCCCAGCUGCCGCCCUUCUACGAGAGCUCCGUCCAGGUCCUGCACGUUGAGGUCCUGCAGCACCUGUCCGACCUCAUCCGCAACCACCCCAGCUGGUCGGUGGCGCACCUGGCCGUGGAGCUGGGGAUCCGUGAGUGCUUCCACCACAGCCGCAUCAUCAGCUGUGCCAACAGCACGGAGAAUGAGGAGGGCUGCACUCCCCUGCACCUGGCCUGCCGCAAGGGAGACGGGGAGAUUCUUCUGGAGCUGGUGCAGUACUGCCACGCCCAGAUGGACGUCACCGACAACAAGGGGGAAACCGCCUUCCACUACGCUGUGCAGGGUGACAACUCGCAGGUGCUGCAGCUCCUAGGAAAGAACGCGUCGACGGGUGUGAACCAGGUGAACAGCCAAGGGCUGACCCCGCUGCACCUGGCCUGCCAGAUGGGCAAGCAGGAGAUGGUCCGCGUGCUGCUGCUGUGCAACGCCCGCUGCAACAUCCUGGGGCCCGAAGGCUACCCCAUCCACACGGCCAUGAAGUUCUCCCAGAGGGGGUGUGCUGAGAUGAUCAUCAGCAUGGACAGCAACCAGAUCCACAGCAAAGACCCUCGCUAUGGAGCCAGCCCCCUGCACUGGGCCAAGAAUGCGGAGAUGGCUCGCUUGCUGCUGAAGCGAGGCUGCGACGUGAACAGCACCAGCUCCUCGGGGUACACAGCCUUGCACGUGGCCGUGAUGCGCAACCGAUUCGAGUGCGUCAUGGUGCUGCUCACCUACGGCGCCAACGCCGAUGCCCGCGGCGAGCACGGCAACACCCCGCUGCACCUGGCCGUGUCGAAAGACAACGUGGAGAUGGUCAAGGCCCUCAUCGUGUUUGGGGCAGAGGUGGACACACCCAAUGAUUUCGGGGAGACUCCUGCCUUCAUAGCCUCCAAGAUCAGCAAACUUGUCACCAGGAAGGCGCUCUUGACUCUGCUGAGAACUGUGGGGGCCGACCACCGCUUCCCACUCCUCCAAGGGGUCCCCGCGGAGCAGGGCUCCGCGGCAUCACAUCACCCCUUCUUCUCCCUGGAGAGAGCUCAGCCCCCGCCGAUCAGCUUAAACAACCUAGAACUGCAGGAUGUCAUGCACAUCUCCCGGGCCCGGAAGCCGGCGUUUAUCCUGAGCUCCCUGAGGGACGAGAAGCGGACCCAUGACCACCUGCUCUGCCUGGACGGCGGGGGCGUGAAAGGCCUCGUCAUCAUCCAGCUCCUCAUCGCCAUCGAGAAGGCCUCAGGCGUGGCCACCAAGGACCUCUUCGACUGGGUGGCAGGGACCAGCACUGGCGGCAUCCUGGCCCUGGCCAUCCUACACAGUAAGUCCAUGGCCUACAUGCGUGGCGUGUACUUCCGCAUGAAGGAUGAGGUGUUCCGGGGCUCGCGGCCCUAUGAGUCGGGGCCCCUGGAGGAGUUCCUGAAGCGGGAGUUCGGGGAGCACACCAAGAUGACAGACGUCAAGAAACCCAAGGUGAUGCUGACGGGGACACUGUCUGACCGGCAGCCGGCCGAGCUCCACCUCUUCCGCAAUUACGACGCUCCAGAGUCCGUGCGGGAGCCUCGCUUCAGCCCGAACAUCAACCUGAAGCCCCUGACUCAGCCCUCAGGCCCUGGCUCCUCCCUGACCCAUGUGGGCAUGGGAGCGGGAGCAGAAGGGGCGGACAUCAAGCGUCUCCCUUGCCUGGCACCCUUGGGGGUAGCUGUGCCCUGGCAGCGCGGCAUCGGGUACAGGCAGAUCAAGCUCCGCAGGUGGUCGGUCUCCUUGAAGCCCCUCUCGCCCGGCCUGCACCCCUCGAAGCACACCCCAACCAGCUGCAUCUAG